UCAUUGCAAAUAUUAACAGCAUGUGAUGUACAGAUUUGAACAGUUUAUAGUACACUUCUGUUGAUUUCUGCACAAUGCGGAUAGUAGCUGUAGCCUCCUUGUAUUUUCUUUACUUAUUUCUUCAUUUGAUUGCUGGUGAUACUGUUGUUGAUACGAAGUAUGGUCAAGUUAGGGGAAAACAGACAGAGCAUGCGAACUGUUUUCUAGGAAUCCCAUAUGCUAAACCGCCGACAAAUGAAUUAAGAUGGCAGCCACCCGAGGACCCACAAGUCUGGACUGAUGUGUACAAUGCAACAGAGUUAAAACCAGGAUGUCCGCAGCAUGGAUGCUUCUCUACAAAUCCGUCUUUUGUCUGUCCAAAACAGACAUCGGAGAGUUGCCUUUUCCUGAACGUCUUUACACCUGCAAACGCCUCAGCGGCUCAGAUGCUUCCGGUUAUGGUAUACAUACAUGGCGGGAACUUUGUACACAUAAGUGCAAGCAGUCCUAUAUAUAAGGGAGAUUACUUUGCUAACAAGGGACAAGUUGUACUUGUUACGUUUGACUACAGACUAGGUGUACUAGGCUUCUUAUAUACAGGUCCUAAGAGCUCUGAUGCAGCUGGUAACUAUGGUAUCCAGGACCAGAGACUUGCUCUACGAUGGGUUAAUGAAAACAUCAAGUAUUUUGGUGGAGACCCAGAGAAGGUGACACUUUUUGGACAAAGUGCUGGAGGUCAGUCGAUUCCUAUACACUUGAUGUCAGAAGGUACCGACGAUCUAUUCAGGAAUGUGAUUAUUGAGAGCGCACCAUUUGACAUUCCAUUUAAAUCCCCUGUAGAGGCUGUCUACCUGGCUAACCUUGUGUUGCAAUUUCUCAACUGUACACAGGAUGACUAUAUGCCUUGUUUACGGUCUAAAACUGCUGAUGAGAUAGCACAAGCUCAGCUGGAAUCAAGAGCCAAACCCACUUCUCUGAAGAUUCUGGAGUUUUUCGAACCCCUUGGCCCUUUUGUAGAUGGGAAUAUUGUACCGUAUGAACCUGUCUAUGCCAUCCAGCAUAACCAAUUAAGAAAAGUACCAGUUAUGAUUGGUACCAUGACUGAAGAAGCUAGAAUAUUUGUUUACGAAGCAUGGGGAAAACCGGUGCCACCAGCAGAAUACCUUGCCAUACUGUUUGCUACCUAUCCAUCUCAUGUAGACCAGAUGUUAAAGAUGUAUCCCUAUGGAAGUGCUACUGACACUAGAGAUAAUAUAACAAAACUCGGCACAGAUUUUAUCUUUACAUGCGCUACUAGAAACAUGAGCAGACAUUUUUACGAAAACGGUCAAAAUGUUUUCAGAUUCGAAUUUGCGCAUUCAUUCUCAUUUAACGGGUGGGGUAAUUUCUCAUAUUGCGAAGGGCAUGUCUGCCACGGAGAAGAGAUUGUGUAUGUUUUCCAUAGCGCUGAUCAAUCUGGAUUUAGCUUUAAUGAAGCAGAGGAAGUACUAUCCAACCAAAUGAUUUACUAUUGGACAAAUUUUGCAUACACAUCGGACCCUAACAAAGGACCACAUACAGUCAACUUGCAAUGGCCGCCUUAUGACUCAAAGUCAAAAAUGAUUAAUUUUAAAACUCCAAACAAUGCUGUGAUAGAUCAUUAUGUAGAAAAGUAUUGUGACUUUUGGGAUUCCAUUGGUUACAGAGCUUAGUGACGUGGUUUCAUACACUUUUUACGCUGACAAAUUGAAAACAUGUCACUUACCCAUUACUUCUAUGCUGUAUUGUGAUAAUAAAAUCUAAAUGUCA